AGUUGUAACAAAACAGCUCAAGUCUGCCUUAAAGAGCCUUACAAGCCAGCCAGUCCCUGCAGCUCCACAAACUGACCCAUCCUGGGCCUUGUUCUCCACAGAAUGGGUCUGCUCCUUCCCCUGGCACUCUGCAUCCUAGUCCUGUGCUGCAGAGCAAUGUCUCCACCCCAGCUGGCCCUCAACCCCUCGGCUCUGCUCUCCCGGGGCUGCAGUGACUCAGAUGUGCUGGCAGUUGCAGGCUUUGCCCUGCGAGACAUUAACAAAGACAGAAAGGACGGCUAUGUGCUGAGACUCAACCGAGUGAACGACGCCCAGGAAUACAGACAGGAUGGCCUGGGAUCUCUGUUCUAUCUUACACUGGAUGUGCUAGAGACUGACUGCCAUGUGCUCAGUAAGAAGGCAUGGCAAGACUGUGGAAUGAGGAUAUUUUUUGAAUCAGUUUACGGUCAAUGCAAAGCAAUAUUUUAUAUGAACAACCCAAGUAGAGUUCUCUAUUUAGCUGCUUAUAACUGUACUCUUCGCCCAGUUUCAAAAAAAAAGAUUUACAUGACGUGCCCUGACUGCCCAAGCUCCAUACCCACUGACUCUUCCAAUCGCCAAGUGCUGGAGGCUGCCACCGAGUCUCUUGCGAAAUACAACAAUGAGAACACAUCCAAGCAGUAUUCUCUCUUCAAAGUCACCAGGGCUUCUAGCCAGUGGGUGGUUGGCCCUUCUUACUUUGUGGAAUACUUAAUUAAAGAAUCACCAUGUACCAAAUCCCAGGCCAGCAGCUGUUCACUUCAGUCCUCCGACUCUGUGCCUGUUGGUCUUUGCAAAGGUUCUCUGACUCGAACACACUGGGAAAAGUUUGUCUCUGUGACUUGUGACUUCUUUGAAUCACAGGCUCCAGCCACUGGAAGUGAAAACUCUGCUGUUAACCAGAAACCUAUAAACCUUCCCAAGGUGGAAGAAUCCCAGCAGAAAAACACCCCCCCAACAGACUCCCCCUCCAAAGCUGGGCCAAGAGGAAAUGUCCAAUAUCUUCCUGACUUGGAUGAUAAAAAUUCCCAGGAAAAGGGCCCUCAGGAGGCCUUUCCUGUGCAUCUGGACCUAACCAUGAAUCCCCAGGGAGAAACCCUGGAUAUUUCCUUCCUCUUCCUGGAGCCUAUGGAGGAGAAGCUGGUUGUCCUGCCUUUCCCCAAAGAAAAAGCACGCACUGCUGAGUGCCCAGGGCCAGCCCAGAAUGCCAGCCCUCUUAUCCUUCCGCCAUGAGAAUCACACAGAGUCUUCUGUAGGGGUAUGGUGCGCCGCAUGACAUGGGAGGCGAUGGGGACAAUGGACAGAGACAGAGCGUGCACACGUAGAGUGGCUAGUGAAGGACGCCUUUUUGACUCUUCUUGGUCUCAGCAUGUUGACUGGGAUUGGAAAUAAUGAGACUGAGCCCUCGGCUUGGGCUGCACUCUACCCUGUACACUGCCUUGUACCCUGAGCUGCAUCACCUCCUAAGCUGAGCAGUCUCAUAUCAUGGAGAGAUGCCUCUCUUAUGUCUUCAGCCACUCACUUAUAAAGAUACUUAUCUUUUCAGCAGUACAUAUGUGCUGAAAUCUCAGCAUGAAA